AUAUCGUGUCGAGCCCCCGUCGGGAGCAGACGUGUCUGUGAUCUGUGAAGUGCCAGUGACGUAGUGAACAAUAUGCCGUGCAGCGAGGAUGACGACUCCCAAACUGGGUUCAUGUCAGAUUCUACCAGAGGGAUGUCCAAAGCUGAAUUGCGAAAGACGAAUAAACCGAUAAUGGAGAAGAAGCGGCGCGCGCGCAUCAACCAGUGCCUUAACGAGCUCAAGGACCUGCUGAUAGAUUCUACCAACACCGACCCAGCUCGCCACUCCAAACUGGAGAAAGCCGAUAUCUUGGAGCUGACGGUGAAGCACCUUCAGACGCUGCAGCGGCAACAGCUGGCCGCUGCCAUCGCUGCCGACCCCGCUGUGUUGCAGCGCUUUAAAGCCGGCUUUGGAGACUGCGCUGUUGAAGUCAGAAGAUACCUCUCCCGCCUCGCCAGUGUUCCAACCGGUCUUCGCCACCGAUUGGGAAACCAUCUCCACUCUUGCAUCAACGGUAUCGAACGCCUCAACCCCCCCGCAGACUACCCAUUAAUCCCCGACCCUCUCAGACUAGAAGAUGAAAGACCCAGCGCGUUCCACUUCGUACGCUCAACCAAACCCACUAGCCCACCCCUCAGCCCAUUAUCCUGCGAUUCCGCUUGCGACUCCUCUACAGAACUCGAAACACCACCAAGACCAGUCCAGACCUUCCCAUUCCCUACUCCACCGAGUAGAUCCGCGUCAGAUCAAGACUCGAGCCCCGAGACACAAAAACCUACCGUUUCAUCCACAACCAUAUCGCCGGAAACUUUAAAGCAGGAGGCUAUUAGAAACAAAAAGUAUAUGGAACCUCUAUCCAUUAUCAUAGACGUGGAAAACUACAAAAUAGGAAUCGACGCGUCACCCAAGAGAGCGGUAGAUUACUCCAUGAGGAGUAAGUUGAAGAGACCGGUAGUUGAAGCUACAGGGCCCGCGCCAAAACUGAUCAGGAUAGAGCCUGAGCGAACUGUGAUACCAGAGAGGAUGGACAACAAACUGAUCUACGUUAGGAAGUCACCAGAAAAGUCAGCGUUCAGGAGAGUUUCAGAAAAAACCUCUGUGUACCCAGAAAAGAGAUUGACACUUCCCGAAAGUAUAACCACGCCUAUGGAGAGACCGUCGUUGAUAAGUCCCGAUUUAGUGCCUGUGAUGCCGAAAACUGUGAUAAGUCAUACGGCGGCGUCGCUCGCUCAGUCUUCUAGUAGUCAAGUGAGGGACGAACAAAGGGCCGACGUCAGGGACCAAAGGGAACCAGACACGGGCUCAAGGUCCCCCGAAAAAAGUACAAGUACUGAAAUGUGGCGGCCUUGGUGAGAUUCGAUGGUGAUAUUAUAUUCUGAAGUUAUGGAAUGAAGCUUUAAAAUUACCCUGUGGUAUACAAUUUAUAUUGUUAAGAUAUAUUAAGAGUAUUAUUAAAGAGUUUUUAAGUUUUA